AUGAUUGAGGACAAUAUUAAUGCAGAUAAGGCUCUUGAAAGGUGUGCCAAACAAAUGAAUAUUGAUCCAGAACCAAUAACCAACUGUGCUUCAAAUGAACAUGGUUCAAUUUUACUCAAGAAGCAUGGUGAUGAUACAAACAUUAUUAAGCCCAACUUUAUUCCUACUAUAACAUUAAAUGGGUCUAGGGAUGUCGUG